AUGAAGGAAACAUCUCUGCUGUGCCUUCUCUUUCUGAUCUCACUGCUGAGCUGCACAACAAACCAAGCUCGUCUGACUGUGAGUCCCAGCAGCUCUCAGUUCUUUAAAGGAGGUUUAGUGACUCUGAGCUGUGAGGAGGACGACAGCUCUGCUGGAUGGACUGUGAGGAGAAACACAAGCAAAAAACAGAGGACUCAGUGUGGAGAUGGGUGGGGAAUAUCAGCUAAUUCCUCCUGUAACAUCAGCUACAGCACCACAUGGGACAGUGGAGUUUACUGGUGUGAGUCCAGAGAGGGUGCCAUCAGUAACAUGGUUAAGCUCACAGUCUCUGGUGGAUCAGUGAUCCUGCAGAGUCCUGUCCUCCCUGUGAUGGAGGGAGAUGACGUCACUCUGCUCUGUCAAACAAAGACCACUCCCUCCAACCUCCCAGCUGCUUUCUAUAAAGAUGGCUCCCUCAUCAGGAAGCAGCCUGCAGGUCACAUGACCAUCCAGCAUGUUUCCAGGUCUGAUGAAGGCCUCUACAAGUGUGACAUCAGCGGUCAUGGAGAGUCUCCAUCCAGCUGGAUCACUGUCACAGGUAUGCCUACAACCACAACCACGCUCAGCAAGUCUCAAACUCCGCCCACUUCCUCAGCUCCACCCCUUGACCCCUCCAUCCUCCAGGCUGUGCACAUACAGUUCUUCCACGUGGUGGGGUUUUGUCUGUACUUCAUCUGCACUCUCCUCAUGAUAUCUUUGUACUGGCACAGAACCACAGGAAAUAAUAUGACCAUCUCCACGGCAGCAGCAGCUCCACCCAUCCAGGCUGAGCAGAGAUUUGCUCACAACUGACAUGAAGUUCCUGCUCCAUCAGUCAGACGGAGGUUAUCUCAUUCUCUCAUUCACACCAGUGUAAAUGCUGAAUGUGGCUCUUACUGAUGAAUCAGCUUGUUCAGAUGACGGCACAUAAUGUGACGGAGCGUCCAGGGAGGGCGAGGCUGCAGGAACCGGACAGGAACCUGAACACAAACUACCACAGAACCUUUUUCUCUGUGGCACAGAACCAGCACAGCCCCGGCUGUAAAUGCUGAUGCUGCAGUCGCUCUGUGUUUGUAGGUGACAGGUAGCAGUGGGACUUUCUGCCUGUGGCUAACACCUCUGUAGCUGCCACGCUUCCUGUUUCCUGUCAGUGAACGUGAAGCUGCAGGUGUUUAAUCUAAAACUGUCUGACUCUCUGCAGCAAACAGUUUCUUUAUGAUUCUGUUACAAACUUCCUUCACCUUAAAAGCUCCCUUCAUUCAGAAUAAAAUGUGGAUUUCAUUGUGGUAAAAUCUGUUUUUCUGCUGUUUCUUCUGUGACAU